AUGUCAGAGGACAUGGAAUUCAAGAAGAGCAGGGGCUCCACACAGAUCAGUGUUGAGAAACUCUGCUAUAAGUGGACCAUUAGCAACUUCUCAUUUUGCAUGGGGGGAGUUCAGAGAAGGAUUACAAGCCCAACAUUCUCAUCAGAAGUAUCUGGAGAGCUGCUUGUGGACGUUGCAGUGUUUGAACAUGAAAUGAAGGAGAGUCUAAAGAACCCCAUUGAGAUCCAUAACCUGAAUCCCCAAGUCUUCAAGGAGAUGAUGGNUUUCAUCUACACGGGGAAGGCACCACACCUCCACAGCCACUCCAUGGCCUGUGAUGUGAUGGCAGCUGCUGACAAGUAUGACCUGGAGGGCCUGAAGGUCAUGUGUGAGGAUGCCCUCUGCAGGAACCUCUCUGUGAAGAAUGCUGCACACACUCUCAUCCUGGCUGACCUCCACAGCACAGAGAAGCUGAAGACNCAGGCCCUGGAUUUCAUUGCCCUCUAUGCCUCUGAGGUCUCUGAGACCUCAGNGUGGAAGUCAAUGGUGGAGUCCCAUCCCCACUUGGUGGCUGAAGCAUUCCACUCCCUAGCUUCUGCACCGUGUCCUUUCUUGGAGCCUAAAGUGAUCUCGGGUUCUAACUAG